GACGUCAUGGCCAAGAUGGCAGCCUCCUUGGUGGAGAACGGAGAGGAUGCAUUUCGAAAAGUUUUUAAGUUUUACAAGAGAAGAAACCCUCCGCCUGAUCUCAGCGAUGUUAUUGACUUCUCCAAAAGUGUACAGAGUGACAAGAUAGUUCCAGCUAAACUGGACUCUGCGGCAGUGAGUGAUGUAGAGGCUGCCAGGGUUGGAUUAAAGCCUGUCAGAAACUGGAGAGCUUUCAGCCUGCAGGGCUACCCAGGGUUCAUCUUUAUCUCCAAUCCGUUUUUAUGGGGUUCCCAACCAUACUGGGUCCGACAGUGUCUGAAGAUCUACCCACAGAAACCAAACAUCUGCAACCUGGACAUGCACAUGUCUCCUUCGGACACAGAGGACAUCUGGGGCAAGAGUGUACAUGCCCUCAGUUUUCCUCCCUCUGGAAAGCAAAAACCAAAGACCCUACUGGAGAGGCUGCGUUGGGUCACUCUUGGAUAUCAUUACAACUGGGACACUAAGACUUACUCUGCCAACAACUACACUCCUUUCCCAGCUGACCUCCAUUUGCUGUCCCUCCAAGUAACAGCUGCCUGUGGCUUCCCAGGGUUCAACUCAGAGGCUGGAAUCCUAAACUACUACCGAUCAGAUUCUUCUCUGGGAAUCCAUGUGGAUGAAUCUGAGCUGGAUCACACUCGACCACUGCUGUCCUUCAGUUUUGGACAGUCGGCCAUCUUCCUCCUGGGAGGCACCUGCAGGCAGGACCCGCCCACUGCCAUGUACAUGCACAGUGGGGAUAUGAUGGUGAUGUCAGGACAAAGUCGCCUCCUUUACCACGCUGUGCCACGCAUCCUCCCCGCACCUCAGGGACACACUACUAUAGAGGUGGAAGGCUGCAGCCUGGCUUCAUCCCCACAGGAUGGCGCUGUGGUGGAGCUGGUUUCUGAGGAGGACUGGGCAGUAUGCUCCAGGUACAUCCACAACUCCAGGGUGAAUGUGACUGUCAGACAGGUGCUAGGGCCUGGGCAGAGCUUUCCAGAAACACCUUCUUCUCUGCAAAGGACUGAUGCAGACCAGACAGACGGGUACCAUGACGGACCGGCAGACCGAGAGCGUGUAAAGAGGAAAAGAAGCAGUGACUCUGUUGAUACUGUAGAGACAUGAAAUACACUACUGGUGUGAUGCUUACUUGGAAAUGUGAUGCUGCAGGGGACAUUUACUAGUCUUUCUUUGAGGGGUAUUUUAUUGUGUUGCUUGUUUAAAGCAUAAACCUAAAUGUGACAAAUGUCUUUCAGUAAGGCAGCGAAACAAAACUCUUAAUCCUCAGGGUGGGGAGGGCGUUGUUAUUGCUGAUAUCGAUUUUUUGUAGACAUCCAAAAAUGACUAAAACCAAUAUUCUUCUUGAAAUGACUGACUGAAAUUUGAGGGGAAAUGGAACUUUUGCACUUUGAAGCAGAAAUGAAAACAUCUUUGGCGUUAAAAUGGUCACAGUAACUCUCUUUGUAAAAAUUUUUUUGACAAUGGUUCCAAACAUACAGGCAGUCAAAUGUUGACUCAUGAGUGCAACUUCAAAAUGAAAAAAAUGUUACUAUUGCAAGAAAUAAAGAUAAAAAUGAAAGUAUACCAGGAAAA